AUGAGAGCCCUACUAAUAGUACACAAAGGUAAUUGCUCAGUAAAGAUUGUUAGUCAAGCAAAAACAGGUCUUUGUACUUAAUACAACCUAAAUAUCCACAGCAGUAGGCUUUUAUUGCAACAUUAAAUGGAACCAUAUUAAGCUUUAUUCGCCUUAGAGUUAUUUUAGGACGCCAUGUGCAUAACUGACUCUAGCUUAUUGAAUCUAAAUUUGGAUCCUGAUGUUCUUCUUUUCCUUAUUCGCUGCUUCAUAAAGCUUAAAUCUAAAGUAACCGUUUUUCACGUGCACUGA